GAACUCGUGCGUCUGGUGUCUCUGUUGGCUAGCUAGCAGUGUAGCACUACUUCGUCCUCGCAGUCAUGGCUGUGUUCUGCAGAACCGCUGCCCGUGUUUUGAUACCAGCUAGGUCACUCACUGCAAGUCUCUCGGUUGCACGGCAGUACAGCGUAGGUGGUCAGUAUGAAUACAUUGUAGUGGAGAAGCGUGGGGAGAAGGAAGAUGUUGGGUUUAUUCAGCUGAACCGGCCCAAGGCUCUAAACGCUCUGUGUGAUGGUCUGAUGCUGGAGUUGGGGCGUGCGCUGGAUGCCUUCGAGGCUGAUGGGCAGGUGGGAGCCAUUGUCAUCACUGGGAGUGAGAGAGCCUUUGCAGCGGGGGCAGACAUCAAGGAGAUGGAAAACCGAACAUUCCAGGAGUGUUACAGCGGUAACUUCCUGGCCCACUGGAACAGAGUGUCCACGGCCAGGAAGCCAGUCAUUGCGGCUGUCAACGGAUUUGCACUGGGUGGGGGUUGUGAACUAGCCAUGAUGUGUGACAUCAUUUAUGCUGGAGAGAAGGCUCAGUUUGGCCAGCCGGAGAUUCUGCUGGGAACCAUCCCUGGAGCGGGUGGCACUCAGCGACUGACCCGUGCAGUAGGGAAGUCCUUGGCUAUGGAGAUGGUAUUAACAGGAGACAGGAUAAAUGCACAAGAGGCAAAGCAAUCAGGUCUGGUGAGUAAGGUAUAUCCUGUAGACCAAUUGGUAUCAGAAGCCAUUAAAUGCGGAGAAAAGAUUGCUGGCAAUUCCAAGAUCAUCUCUGCCAUGGCCAAAGAGGCCGUCAACGCAGCUUAUGAAUUGACUCUGGCUGAGGGAAAUCGUUUAGAGAAACGGUUGUUCCACUCUACCUUUGCUACUGGCGAUCGCAAGGAGGGUAUGACUGCAUUCGUGGAGAAGAGGAAGGCCAGCUUUCAGGACCAGUAGAGCUAAGCAGAACCCCCCACACGCAGAGUACUGUUUAUGCAAAGUUCCCAAUGAUCCCCAUCUCUGUGCUCAAAACUUGGAUUUCCGCCUAAAUCCUGCACAAAUGUAAGAAACAACAAUGAACAUGGAUGAGAAGUUUGAAUUGUGCCCUGUUUGAGUGCUAGACUGUGGUAGUGCCUUUUCAACUUCUAAACAUUGUGUGCGUGUGAAUACAGCGUAGUGUGAUUAUACGCUAUGUGCAUACACAGUUAUACUACAUACAGUAAUACCGUUUGUAGAGUUUCUACAUAAAAGAUUAGUCCUGUCGAGAUGAAUGAUGGAACAGGAAGCGUUAUACCGACCAGUAACACCUGACCAUGCCUUUGAUUUUCACUGCAGAAGAAUAUCAACAUUUUCUAGAUAAACACGUUUACCCUGUACAUUUUGCAAAUAAAGCUGGAUCAAGGUG